ACCAGCCCAAGAUGCCUUUGUGGUCAUACGAGGCGAUGUGAGCACUUCAGACUCUAGAGGUCUCCGUCCAGCAUGCAGCAACAGCCCCCUAUCCAGAUUCUGCCCCUCACGUUCUAGUGCAGCGGACAACGGUAUAGGAGAAGACCGCUCAGAGCCACGGAGACAGAGGGAACCUGAGGGACGCACGCUUCCCGAACGAGACAGAAAGAACGGGAACUUUGAUUUGACGCGAGGCUGAUAAAAUUACGAUAAUAUAGAGCUGCAUUCCUUAGUGAAGGGAUGCAUUGACAUUUCGUGUGUUCAAAUAUGAUGUCCCUGGUUCCCUGCUCAUUGUAGAUUAUAUUUAAUGUAUCUCUCCUAUUUCUGAUGUGCUACUUCAUUGUGACUGUACACUUGGGUCACCCGCAUGAAUUUUAAGGCAGCCGGAGCGCAUUGUUUCCAGCCUCGUUUCAUGGGAUUUCCAGUCGUGUCGGGUGCCGUGAUGUCUGCAACAUUUCGCUCUUUGUUUCUGGUGCUGCUGAGCCUGCUGAUGGCUGGCGCCCAGACAGAAAUGAAGAGAGUUGUCGGAGACAACGCCACCCUGCCGUGCCACCAUCAGUUCUGGCAGUCCAACGCGCAGUUGCUCGACAUCGAGUGGCUACUGCAGAAGCCCAACUCCAAGCAGAGAGUGAUCAUCACGUUUUUCGGGGGCCAGGUGUACACCAAUGAGGUGACCAGCGAGGCCAGUCAUCUGUCUUUCGCAGGCGACUACCUAAAGGGAGACGCCUCCCUGCUCCUCAGUGACCUACAGCUGACGGACUCUGGAGAGUACUACUGCAAGGUCAAGACGGGGGGAAAGUACCACUGGAGCCAGGUUAACCUCAUAGUGCUGGUGAAGCCCUCUAAGCCACGAUGCUGGAUGGACGGCAGGCUGUUAGAGGGCAGUGACGUUAAACUGAGCUGCAAAUCCAGUGACGGCUCAGAUCCUAUCAAAUACAAUUGGGGGAGGGUGCUGGAUAAGGGAAAGAGUGUUGGGAAACUCCCCCUACUGGCACUGAGAGAUCUGAAGAAUCCAGAGAUCGUCACCCUGCGGAACCUGACGAAGGACAGUACAGGUUUCUACAAGUGCACCGCCAGCAAUGACGUGGGCGAGGAGAACUGCAUCAUCGAGGUCACCAUGCAGUAUGUUCGAGGGAUGGGCGUGCUGGCAGGUGCCGUGGUGGGCGUCUCCUUUGGUGUUCUCCUCAUCAUCCUAAUCAUCUGGCUCGUCUUCCGCAAGAAGGAGAAGAAGAAGUAUGAGGAGGAGGAGACUCCCAACGAGAUCAGGGAGGAUGCAGAGGCUCCCAAGGCCAAGCUGGUGAAGCCCAACUCCCUGUCCUCAUCCCGCUCUGGCAGCUCCCGCUCCGGGGCCUCCUCAACACAGUCCAUGGUGCACAACACCGCCCCCCGCGGGCACCGCCCUCGCCUCCCAGCCAUUGCUGCCCUUAAGGAGAACGGACAGCCCCCUGACUUCCCACAGUCCCCCCCAGCCUACACCACGGUGGUACCACCCAACAAGACCCCUGAGCCCCCCGGCACCCCCAAAUACAACAUCAACUCCAGGAACCAGAUCUCUGGGCCCACUCCCCCAACUCUCAUGGUCCCUGCCCAGACCAAGGCCUUUCAAACUGUGUAGGAAGUAGAAGAGAGUCCAUCCUGGCUGUGUUGAAGUAUAAGACCCACCCCCUCCCCCCACCCCUUCAAAGACACAAACUCUUCCGUUAAACAACGAUUAAAAUAAUAAAUAAUAGUAAUCCCAAAACUUUUAAUGAUUGCAUAAUUAAAAAGGGAAAAUAAGAAAUGCUUGCCCCCUACUGAAUAAAAAACAACAAAACUAAACUAAAAACCCGAGACAGAACAUUUCUGUUUAUGUCUCUCGGCUAAAGAACUUAUUUUUACACUUGUCUUUCAACUUUGAAGGCAUGGAAAGCAGUGAGCGGGCACAGCGCUGUGUGCGGUGAGGUGGAAGGAAACCCAGAGUGGAGCUUUUAUUUAUUUAUCAAAUCAAAAGGACGGGAGGAGUGCAGAGAAAAAGGAAGAAAGAAGGGAUGGGAUGAGAAAAGAGAGAUCCAAAGUCAGAGCCAGGUGCCGACGGAGGGAUGGGGGCAUGAAAUACUGAGAAAGAACACGCCUCUUUAUUUUGGCCUUGUGGUGUCUCUGACUCAUCCAACCACACCGAUCCAAGCAGGCAGACACAUUGGAGCUUCCCGCUACCAACCACACACCCAAAAACACCCCUGGCCCUCUGACAGAUAGCAGACUGUUUUCCCUGUGAGGAGAGAAACCGUUAGAUCACCCCUCCAAACCACAGGCGGCUGGUGGCACCUUAUUUGAGGAGGACGGGCUCAUAGAAAUAGCUGGAAUGGAAUAAAUGGAAUGGUAUCGAACACAUCGAACACAUGGGGUAUUUCUCAAUAUGCAUACAACCGUACUCUACACUCUCAUGCUCCGAGUGAUGUUCUCUCGAGUACGUUCUUGUGAGGACGAGAGUGUGGAGAACUCAUAAAACAUUUAAUUUGAGAAGCACUCGCACUCCCCCUACUGUAUUACCUCACACUGCAUCUCCCCAUUCACUGAACCUUUUCCAGCCAGGACAAUGGCAACAAUAGACGCAACAAGAUAUACAUAAAACAAACGUUUUACCUAAUAAUUAUCAACUAGAUAUAUGUGAAUCGUAGUACUCUAGUUAGCCACAUAGUUUAACAGGCAAAAAUGACGUAAAACUAAUGUUAUGCAAGGUAGAUGUUCAUUUGUCAUGGGUAGCUAGCUACCUAUUCUUCGUGGCUAGCUAGCUAGCCCUAUUAAAUUACAAUGGAUUUACCCAUUCACUGAACCUUCUUCCAGCCAAGACAAUGGCAAUAGAGAUUAAACAAGAUAUACACAAAGCAAACGUUUUACUUCAUAACUAUCAGCUAGCUAUAUGUGAAUCGUAAUAAUGUA